CGCCGCGCGCCGCCAUUCGGGUUGCUUCCGCCACGGCGGUGGGGACGAGGGCAAGGCCAAGGGGGGCGGGGCGUCGCCAUGGCGGCCAAGGGCCGAGGCGGCCAGGCGGCACCGCCGACCAGGCCCGAGAUGAAACGUUGAGGCGGGAGGAUGAUCUCGCGAUACACGCGGAAGCCGGUAGCCCCCGACGCCCUGGGGAUCCGUGGACUUACAAAGAAUACCUUAGAACAUCAUCCCCUGCCAGACUCACUAGAAGACAGUAAUCCAUCCACUGGAAGCCAAGAAGACGUGCUAAGUGAUUCUGAAAGUACAAAAGAGUUAAAUUACCAACCGAUCACUUCUGUGGACAAUGGAAACCCGUGGUCACCUAGUCAGAGCUUCACAGGCAAUUCCACAGAAGACAGUUCAGUCUUCUCUUGGGGCUAUGAUGAAUUUGAUAAAGCUGCUACACGGCAAGUUCAGCAGAUAUUCAGACACAUAGAUGAGCUUUUGUAUGAACAGAAACCAAGUGUCUAUGUUGAAGGCCUAGAGGAAGAGUGCCAACAGUGGACAUCAAGCUUUCCCCAUCUCAGGAUUGUUGGAAAACAAGUGGUGAGCCCCACAGAUGAAGGUUACGGCUGGUAUUCUAGUUCGACUUGCAACACCUUAGGUUCGUCAGACACAAGCUCAAUGCAAGAGAAAGACCCUAGUGAGUUUAGUAUUUUGGGCAAAAAGGUUUCCCUCUCUGUGACUCCUGUUUCUAAAGAAGGUAACUUUUCAAAACUUCCUGAAUUGUUUGUGUUGGAGAGUGAAGAAGAAGAUGGAGUGAUUGUCUCAGAAGGCAUAAUGGAGGAAUAUUUAGCGUUUGACUGCAGAGAUGUGGAGGAAGAGUUGCAUGAAAGGAAAAUGGGGAUUUCACCUGACAGACGGAAAUUAGGUUUCCCUCCUAUCUCACCGUCAUACUGCAUGAGGGAUGCUGUUCUUUCAUAUGUAUUUGAUGAUGUAUGGAGUGAAGUUUUGGGCUGCAUGGAGCAGUUAAUCUGUAGACAUUGGGAAGGCUCAGUCUCUGAUGAUGAGAAGAAUAUAAUAACCGUAGAAUCGAGCAGGACAGAUUCAGGAAGCCCUUUUAUGCAGUUUGAACCAUUGCCGUUAUUGUUACCUCGAAUGCCACAAACCAAGAUGCCCUCCAUCACCUCCAAUCUGGUAAAUCUUUCUCAAGGAACGAGCUGCAGUCCACAACGCAGUUUGAGUGGCCUGAUGGUGAUUCAUGGGAUCCCCUUAUACCAAAGGAACUUACCUCUGAUGGAUAAAAUAUUAGAUUUAGAUGACAGAUUGCUUACCAGGCCAGUGUCCAGUACUGUCCUGUCAACUAGAGCCUGGCCAAAUCGUGCUUUUGAGCUCAGCACCUCUUCUCUGUCCUAUUCUGCUCAGUCUGCUAGAAGGCGUAACCCACCACCACGUACCCUGCAUCCAAUCAACACCAGCUGUUCUCGCUCGGGGACUCCAAGAUCCAUGGAUGAAGUCAUCAGGGGAACACGACUCACCACUGCGAAUGAGCAGCUGUCGUCACCUUCCCCGAUGCCACUGAGCCGCAAUAAUCUCCUGCCUCCUAUUAGCUCUGUAGAUGCAGUAGAGCAUUUGGGAACCCAGAAGCAAAUGAAAUCCCAGGGGAAUGCCAGCCGAGCUCGCAGUGCAAUAGCAGAUGAAAUAAACCAUCAACCAGUACAUGAAAGAUUUCUGUUGCCUGACAGCUUCUCCAGACCCAACACAUCCCACGCAUUUUGGCCAGACUCGCAGCAUCGCCGUUCUUGCACUGUUAUUGAUUACGCUAGUCAUCCACGGAUUAAUAAAGGAUCUGCUGGCACAGAUUCUGUUAACGUAGGAGUGAUGGGAGUCAGUUUAGGGAUGUCUAGUUCUUCCUAUAUUAAUUCUUUCCACCACCAGCCUCUCGGUUAUUUUCUUAACGAGGAUGAGGAGGACAAAGAAGAUCAUCCUCCACUGGGUCUUCAAUUGCAUGGGCCCGUGAGAACUCACAGCCGAGGUGGAUCAGUCCCAAGAAGCAGACAGGGAUUGUAGGGUAUUAUGAGAAGAAGCCAUCCCUCUCCAAGACUGGGGAGCAUCUACAGAUGUUUUAAAAAUCGGUAUUCAACUGCAGCAAUAUCAUACCUGUUUACAGAAGAAGUCUAAGACUUUCUCUAUGAAGUCCCUGGGUUUUUUUGUAGAAACUGAACUGCCAAAGACUACAGGAUUGCAUUUAAAUUUUGUACCCGUAGAUCAAGCUGUGCUAUUCUGUGGGACUGCUCCUGUUAUAGGACUCUACCAAGCUUCUACUUUCCAAUGCUGAUAUACUGCAGUACAAAGAAUGUCUUCCUGAGGAGUCUGAUUCCUGUAGCAGUAAUAACAUUGUACUUGUAACACCAUUUAAGUUGCCAGUAAUUGACACUAAUAGCACUAUACUUAGUAAUAUUUCUAGAACAUGAUUCCAGCAAAUUCCUCAUAGCAAAGUUCAUAUGGGGGGGGGGGGACAGGACUGCAGAAGCUGACGUCUGAAGGUGGCCAAGAUUAAAAUCCUUAAAGUGUUAAAUUUUGGUAUCACCAUUCCUUAACUUCAUACCUCUUAACUCACUAACUCGGUCAAAGGGGACUGAGGCAACAUUGUUUACUAGAAACAUACUUUCAACACCCACUUUCCCUUAUUGAAAUGUUUUAAACAAUGCUAGAAGUUAUUAAAAACUUUUGGGUAAUUGUUUCUGUGCAGCAGCCAUGUUCAGAGUUUUAGAAUCCUCUCAUUGAUGAGAGACACAGUUUUCAGCAGAUACACACUUUCUACAUUUUGUAGGAGACAAGCUCAGUGGGGUGUAUGAACUUAAAGAUACUUAAGAAAAAGCAUAGCCUACUAUGAAACUACAUUCCAUGUCUGAUGUAAGUUUAAUGUAACUCUUAAAAAAAUAGUGCUGGCUCUUACUAGUCAAAGUAAGUGCCGACUGUGAAGGUAUAGAGCUAUGUAAAUUGAAAAUAGCUUUGCAUUAUCUUCUAGAUACCAUGUAAAACUAGUAAAA